UCUCAGUGUAGAGGUUGCUAUGCAAGUGUUUCUCAAGUGCACUUUGCAUGAAAGCCUCAUAUAACGUUAGUAUAACGUUAACUGAACAUUACAGCUGGCUAACAUGGAUUAUAAUACUAAUAAGCUGACAAAGUGACAACUGACGUAUGGUUUGGUAGAGGAUAAAGUGCAGAUAUGACACCAUCAAAGGAAGGCAUGACCUCCCUCAUCGACAAGACCAUAAAGCUGAGGAGGGAGGAACAGGCACGGCAGGUUGUCCUGGCAUGGGCCGUGUUGAAUAUGUCUCUGGCUGGGAUGAUCUAUACUGAGAUGUCUGGGAAGCUUCUUAGCAGAUACUACAACAUAACCUACUGGCCGAUCUGGUAUAUUGAGCUUGCCCUGGCUUCCCUGUUCAGUCUCAAUGCGCUUUUUGACUUCUGGAAGUAUUUCAAGUACACUAUGGCCCCAUCCACGAUCACCGUCAGUCCAGGACAACAUCAACUUCUUGGGCUCAAGGGCUCAGGGAUUCAAGCCUCUCCACCUCAGAAACAAGAAAAGAAGGAAGCUCCAGUCUCAGUGCAGUCGUCUCCCCUGCAGGGACAGAAUGUUCUCAGUUUCAGCCCUGCGCGACCCUCAAGCGCCAGCCCCAAGUUUUCCCCCAGCUGUGUGUCUGGGUUCAGUCCACCUCUGAGCAGCCCUUCUUCAGCAGGAGGACCCUUCUCACCCUCCAUGGCAUUUGGCAAGGUGUUGAACUAUAGUCCAUCUCCAAGUUCUUCUCCGUACCCAAGCAACCUCGGACCGGCAGAAGGCACCAGUCUCCGCGCUCGGUACCGCACAUCCCCGUCAGUCUUUAAUUCACCCGGAGGUAAGGAGGACUACAUCGAUGACCUGAAGACUUUGGAGAAGUUUUUACGUACAGAGGAGGAGAAAAGCCACCGCAGUCAAUUGGGGAGUCCAGAGUCAACUUCUCCAAGACACAGUCCUUCGUUCUGGAACUACAGUCGUUCAGUGGGAGAUUACGCACAGAGCCUGAGGAAGUUUCAGUAUCAGCCGGCCUGCCGUUCACAGGCACCAUCUGCCCAUAAAGACGACACAGAGCUGGGCUCUAAACAAGCUGCUGAAGAGGUCUGGGCAAGAAUCACAACGAGUCGUGUGGUGACGGAUAGUAUCGACAGCUGGACUGCAAAACUGAGAAAUUGGAUCAAUGACACCAUUCUAGUUCAUGUGGUCAGAGAGAUCGACUCAGUCAACAGUCAGCUCAGGAGGAUGGGUUGCCCUGAGCUCCAGAUCGGAGAGGCCAGCAUCAGCAGUCUCAAACAAGCUGCUGUGGUCAAAGCUUCUGCAAUCCCCACCCUCAAUGCUAUCGUACAGUAUCUAGAUGUCACACCAAACCAGGAGUACCUCAUGGAGAGAAUCAAGGAAUUAGCCCACAGUGGCUGCAUGAGCUCUUUCCGCUGGAAUGGAGGAGGAGAUCUCAAAAACCGGAAAUGGGACACAGACCUUCCGACAGACUCUGCGAUCCUGAUGCAUGUGCUGUGUACAUACCUGGACUCCCGGCUCCCUCCACAUCCUAAGUAUCCCGACGGAAAAACCUUUACGUCCCAGCAUUUUAUACUGACACCAGAUAAACCAGACGUGUCCAAUGAGAACCUGUUUUGCAUUCAUCAAAGUAGCACAAACCCUCCUCAUUAUCAGCUUGUCUACCAGGGCCACAUCUACAGCUUGCCUAAGGGCAGAAAUAACUUGUUUCAUACCAUCCUGAUGUUCCUCUACAUUAUCAAAACCAAGGAGUCUGGCAUGCUGGGGAGAGUGAAUCUGGGUCUUUCAGGAGUGAAUGUACUCUGGAUCUUCGGGGACUGAGAUGUCAUGUUAUCAGAGGAAAACACUGCACAAGCCUUGGGAUGUGAUAGACUGAUUUUUUUUACCUUUACAUUCUUAUGAUGCUGCAUGUUUUUGAGAUGCAUUGUACUGUCGCAUUACUUGCAACCUUAAUGCAAAUACAGACAAAGUCAUUUUAGCUGAGGAAAAUGUUUUAAAUUUCAACACUGAGCGAUUUAUGACUUGAAACGGUGUCAAAAUGGAUCUUGUUCCACUGGUUUUUGUAUACAAUUUUUUUUUGUAUUUAUCAUACAAGAAAAACAAUGUAGUUAUACAUGAAUGUAAAUUCUUUAUGGUUAGUUUGGAUGGGUGGACACUGCAGGGGUUAUGAUUUUUUUUUUAUCAAUUACGAAGCUGUUACUGGUAGUUUUUCUUCAUGCACUUGUAAUGACAUGCAACUAUGAACAAGCAUAAGUCAUAUUUACUUUUUAAACAAUUUGGUGUAAUAAUGUUUACUUGCUCUCAGUGACGGGCUUUACUUAUUUCUCCUCACUGUUAUUUUGACAAUAUACAGAAGAGCUGGGAUGACUGAUGAUCCCGAUCUUGAAUGCCAAAUUACAUAUUCGACAAGAAAUGUUGAUGUUGUUUGUAUUUUAUACUGUGUCUGAAGUGAAACUUGAAAUGGAAUGAGCUUCCACUUUUGUCUGUUGGUUUUCAAAUUAAUAAAUUCCCAGCAUUGUUUUUU